AUGACCAGCCAGAAGCGCAUUACCAAGGAGCUGGCCGAACUCACGGAGUCGCCCCCGGAUGGCAUCAGUGUCGAAUUGGCCGACGAAGCAAACCUGUAUGAGUGGAAGGUGGCCUCUGGGACUGAAAGGGAUCCGCCCAAGGCAGGAACAUGGCCCCCAAUAGGACGCGCUGUUUUCUUCUUCUUUAAUAUUAUUAUCCGAAGCUCGCUGACAUUCUUGAUUACACAGAAAGGCCGAUUCCUAGUCAAGCUCUCUCUACCAACCGGAUACCCUUUCAAGCCCCCCACCGUCUCCUUCGCCACAAGAAUUUACCACCCCAACAUCACAAAUGAUGAGAAAGGAAGCAUGUGCUUGGGUAUGCUGAGAGCCGACGAGUGGAAGCCGAGCUCGAAGAUCUCGGCCGUCUUACAAUUCGCUCGUCAACUGCUAUCAGAGCCCAUGCCAGAUGAUGCUAUCGAGGGUCGAAUCGCUGACCAAUACAAAAACGACAAGAAACGGUAUGAGGAGAUUGCGCGGGACUGGACUCGCAAGUAUGCUGUUGCAGAAUAA